AUGUGUUCUUUAAGCAUUGUUCUAAUUUCUUUCUUUCUUUUAUAUAUUAUAUUUUUCUAUCAUUCUCAUUCCUUUCUUUAUUUUCUUUCGUUUAUGUUACUUUUAUUUCUUCUUCUUUCUGCUCUCUUCUUCUGUCCUUUUUUCUUUAGUUAUUCAAUAUUUAUCUGUUUUAUUUUUUGUUUUUUUACUUCUUUGUUUUUUCUUUAUUUUCCUUCUCUUUUUGCUCAUUUUUCUUCCUUUCUUCAAAACAUUUAUUCUUUUUUAUAUUCAUCCUGUCUUUGUUGUUUUUUUGUUUUUUUUUGGUUUAUCUCAUUUUUAUUAAUUUGCCUUUCACAUUUCAUUCCUUCUUUCUUUCUUUCUUUCUUUCUUUCUUUCUUUUGUAUCCCGUUUUUUACUUUAAUGUCUUUUACUUCCUUUUCUAUUUGGGAACUUUCUUUCUUUCUUUCUUUCUUUCUUUCUUUCUUUCUUUCUUUACAAGCUGUACCUUAUUUUUUUCCCGAUUUUAUUUUUUAUACCAUUUUCUUUUAUACUAUUAUUUUUCUCCUUCGUUUUUUACUUUCAUUCCUUUAUUUAUUUUUACGUUUUUUUUUCAAUUUUAAUUCCUUCUCUGUUUUUCACCAUUUACUAUUUUUCUUUUACCCUUUCGAUUAUUCUUUGUUUUUUUGUUUUUUUUACUUCUACUUUCCUUUUGGGAUUCAGUUUGUUCAUUUUCUUUCAUUCAUUUGUCUUUUUUACCCUUUGAACCGUUUUUUUUUCUUCUUCAUCUUUUUUUUGCUUCUUUGCUUUCGUCAUUCAUUUAUAUUUUAUCUUUGUUCCUACAUUGACCUUUUCUUUCUUUCUUUCUUUCUUUCUUUCUUUCUUUCUUUCUUUCUUUCUUUUAAGUCCUUUUCUUCUCCUUUAUCUCUUCUUCCUCACUUCGACUCGUUCUCCUUUCACUGUUCUCUUUCCUUUUUCUUUUUAUGUUUGUCGUCCUCUUUUUGA